CGACCAAAUUCCUUAAUAUUCCGAUUAAUUCCUCUCAACGAACUCUCUCCCUCCUCCUCCUCCUCCCAUGGACUCCGUCUCCGGCUACGCCGGUCCACGUCAGCCUCGAACCGGAGGCAAGAUUGUUCGACCACGCCGGACCUCCGUCGUCAGGACGCCGUAUGACCGCCCUGCUCCAAGAUCUCGGGAUCCUCCUCAGCAAAACCCUAGUUGGAUCUCCAGGCUCGUUUACAAACCUGCCACCGCCAUUGCCUCCGGCGCCGGGAAAUUCAUCUCUUCCGUCGUCUUCUCUGAGUCUUCCUCAUCUUCUUCGGAGGGUGAGGAUUCGUCUUCAGAUAUUGAAGGUGAUGGGGAUGUUGAGAAGAACAUCACUGAGUUUGCAGAAGAUGAAACAAUGGACCUUGUGAAUGCCCAGCAAUCAACCAUCCAAAGACUCGGUUCUAAGCGUGUAAUUGAGCAGCUUCUCAUGCAAGAAACAUUUGCAAGGGAAGAGGGAGAUAGAUUAAUAGAUAUCAUCAAGGCGAGGGUUGUAGAUCAUCCCAAUGUCCUCGCUUCUAAUGAUGGGAGGCAUAGUGACAAUGGCAUGGCAAGUGAGGUGAAUGUGGGUGAAAUGUCCAAUAAAGCUGUCAUGGAAGCAAAAAGAUGGUUGGAAGAGAAGAAAUCAGCAUCCAAUUCAAAAUCCAAAGCAACUGAAGACGGUGCUGGAUCGCCUGUGGACGUGGCCAGGUCAUAUAUGCGAUCUCGUCUGCCGUGGGGAUCUCCGACUGCAAACAACUCAGAGUUUCGGUCACCAUUACCAGCAGGGAUGCAGUUUCUUAAUGAAGGGACACCAUUUCCUUAUAGUGCUGGAAACUUAUCCUCUUCCAAGAUGAAAAGGAGAUCCCGUUCUAAUCCGUCAUGGAAUAUUCAAGAUGAAAUUCGUAAAGUCAGAGCUAAAGCAACAGAGGAAAUGCUUAAAACUGCAUCCCCAAGUAGUGUAGCACCGUUGGAACCUAAACAUAUCACCUAUGUUGAUGGAGGUAUCCAAGCUUUACGAAAUGAACAAAGCGGGGUUCCACCAGAGUCAACCAUACCGACCUCUGAACAUAAUCAGACUACGGAAGCUAACCAAGACGUUGAAGAAACUGGAGUUAGAUCUCGUGGAGUUGUUUUGGACAAUACAUUUAUCUCCACACAAGGAGUCAAGACAUCUGAAGAUACAACCGCUCCUCAAAGUGGAACCGGUGUAAAUGACGGCUUGAUCCAACCUAGCUCGACUAUUGGAGGCACCACAAAUGCUGUAUUGGCUCUUGGAGCAACUUUGGAUCCAAUUGGGAACUUUUGUAUCCCAAAAGAUGUGUUCGAAACAUCAAAAGAAGCUGAUGAAGUAGGGGCAGCACAUCCUGCUUCUAACGGUUUCCCAUCUUCAUCACCUAGUUCACCAGUGGCUAUGGAAGGUGAACCAAAACCCAAACCACCAGAUGAAACGGAGGCUUCUCAGCAUGUAGCUGAAACUCCUGAUGAUGUCUCAGAUGGCACGAUUGACAAGAAUGAAAACAAUAACAGCGACUCGAGUGCCUCGCGUGAAGAAGAGUGGCUCCCAGGAGACCAGUCUCUACCGAACUCAAACUCGGCAAGUAGCAGCCCGGAUACUAGCAAGGUCCUGGCGUACACGAGAAGAGGAAGGGGAAGGGGUAGGGGAAGAGGUCGAGGGAAAGGACGGGGAAAAUAAAGAGCUCUGUACACAACAACCCAAUGCAGUAGGAGGAGUAUGUGAGACAUCUCUUUUAGAUUUCAAUCCCACACUGUUUGUCUCUCUCUACCAAAGGUCUUUUGUCAUUUCCUUAUCUCUUUAGCUUCUUUUUGUAGUCAAACUGUGUCUCUGUUUAUUUUAUUUCUGAAUCGGUAAUGUUUGUGUUGUAAUGGUUUCAUUCUACGGCUGAGAAAUUCAAGUUUGCACACUCAUCUUCAAUCUUUAUAUAUUCAUUCUCAUUUGUGUGUUAA